UGCAUGCUGCCAAGCUGUCGCAAGACUGGUAGAGGGGCGCACAACAUGUCGAGGCUUUGCGUUGCAUGGCAUCUGGUCACGCAUCUGCUUUUGCGGGCGCGGGCGCCGGCCCUGCGGGCGGGGCCGCCGCCGCGCAAGCCGCGGGCGCGGUGGCUGCGGCGGCGGCACAGGGCGCCGGCCCUGGGGGCGGGGCCGCCGCCGCGCAAGCCGCGGGCGCGGCGGCUGUGGCGGCGGCACAGGGCGCUGGCCCUGCGGGCGGGGCCGCCGCCGCGCAAGCCUGGACCGCCCUCGUUGACUACGUCAACACCCAGCGUGCGUCGAAAAGGGCCGCAGAGCUGUUGCUGCGGGAGGUCAAGGGGGCGCAGGCCACAUACAAGAAGGCCAGCAUGCGGCACAUGGAAUGGGCCGCGGAGAUUCUCGCAGGCCUUGAGGCACGCCGCGAUCAGCUGGGGGCGCAGGUGCAGCAACUGAUGCAGGUGCAGCCGUUGACGCAAGAGGACACACAGCGGCUUGCUGUAACACGGGCCUGCCCGACUUAGUGCAGGGUUCGUGUCGGCAAGCUUAGUACGCUAAGCGACGCUUCCGCUGGCAUCACGAUAUGCCCAAUAACAUAUUAAGUAGU